CCUUUGUUCAGCCUCUCAACUUUGUCCAGCCUCUCGAAAUGGAGUUCAAGCUCGAACUCGAUCAAUGGCUGAAUGCAUGUGCUGCAUUUGAUAGCAAGGAUUAUGAGACUGCUGUACAAAGUUUUCUCAGUAUGGCCGAUAAUGCGAAAAUGCAUUUUAAUAUAGGAUUAAUUUUUGCUAUUGAGGAUGAUCAUCAACGUGCGCUGGCAGCAUAUAGUAGAGCAAUCAGUAUGGAUGCAUACUUUGCAGUAGCUUAUUUCCAAAAGGGUGUAUCUCAGUUUGUUAUGAAUAAUAUGGAGGCUGCAAUGCAUGAUUUCGACAAUGCUUACCAGAGAUUGCGCGGUAAUGAGAUGAUCAAUUAUACUCAGCUCGGCUUAGCUUUUCGUCUCUACGCCUGUGAAGUUCUCUUUAAUCGUGGUGUCUGUCAGCUCUACCUCGGAAAGAUCGACGCUGGAUUGACCGACUUGUAUCACGCACAAAAAGCAAAAAUGACGGAGGAACACGAUGUUAUCGAUCAAGCAGUUCGUGACCGUGGCCGUGGAUACUCAGUUUUCUCAAUUCCUCCGGGUGUACUCUAUAGACCAUCAGAAGCGCGAAUGCGCCAGCUUCAAAAUGCUAAUAUGUUUGCGGCUGUGGACAAACUAUCUCUUCCCAACAAAAAUUUUAAAACAGCUCUCACCUCCAUACAACGCAACAACUCCAUCCUCUUACCAGACGCACGUUUCCAGAAACGAGUUCCUGGUGCCCAGGCUGCGCCAAGACAAGUUCAGCAACCUCCAGUGAUAUCAUCUCUUGCAGAACAUGGAAUGAGAGCAAUAGCUCGAGAAAGCAGCCGGCCUAAGAUGGCAACACAUAUCUACACUGAUCAAUUACCACCACCUACUCCAGUCUCUUCAGUAUCCUCCCAUUAUCCCAGAAAACAAAACACACGACAGUAUAGUCCCAUUGAGAGACAGCGAAACGACUCGAACGCUGGAUCAUUCUCAACUGAAGAAUGGGCUGACUCUCCUCAUCCAUCUAUAUCAUCUACUUCGUCUUUUAGUUCCAGUCUUCGUCAGCGUGCAGAUGGCCGUAGGGUAGACAGUGGAUUUGAAUCUACACACGAAGAAAGAUACUCCUCAUCUUCUGGGCGCAGUUCAACAAAAAGUCACAAAGCUAAUCGAUAUUCACCCCCUCCUGUACCACCAAUUCCACAUAAUGCAAGCUACGAAUAUGGCGACACUUCUGCAAAUUAUGGCAAUUUUGAUUUGGACGAGAUGUAUGGAUCUCUACCGACAAUAGACACACAGGACAACAAACAAGAUCGUGUUAGACCUCGGCUUAACAGUAAUAAUACAGCACCGUUAGAAGAUGAUAGGCGCGGAAAUGACCAAAUCAAUAACAACGAUUAUUCGAAUAUACGUGCUCACCCUCCUCAACCCACUGCAUCAGUAUCAACGCCUACAUUGAAAGAGGGAUCAAUUAAUACUAAGAUUAGAGUCAAGGUACACUACACAGACACCCGCAUUUUACUCGUUCCGCACACAAUCACGUUUAAUGAACUUUUGGGCCGUGUACGAGAGAAAUUUGGAGCACCCCCAUCAACACGUCUCCAAUACAAGGAUGAGGAAGAGGAGAUGGUUUUGAUGAUUGAUGACGAUGAUUUGCACUUGGUACGGCAAACAAGCCGGCAGAAGCAUGGUGACUUUGGCGUUGAAAAGAUUGAGAUCUGGUGUGUCACAUAAACAAUGCUCUAUCUCCCAUAAACCGUAAUCUAUUUUUUAUAUAUAUAUUCUAUAUUUAUUUGUCCACUGUUGUAUUUUCUUAUUAUUGUUUCAAAACCCACCCUCAUAGUAUUUCUUGUAUGAUUCUUAUUUGGUUUAGAUCUGGCAUUGACCAGAUCGCCUAAGAAUCCAAGAUAAUCAUAUUCAUCCUUUCUUUUUAAUCUAAUUCACCAAAUUUAGACAUACUACAAUUACCUUCUAUUGUAACAAUGUGCUUCCCUUUGUGAAAUUUCCUAAAAGAAAACCCCAUUUAUCAAACCCCACGAUAUUUUAGUCCAUAAAGGCAAACUUUGGAUUUACUC